AUGCCGCCGUCUGUGGCUGAGCUUAAGCGAGCGGCAGACCUGCUCGAAGAGCUCCUCGUCAUGAAGGGCAAGGCCGUACCUCCCGUCGACCCUUCGCUCGGCAAGGAACCGAUCAACGCGUCUGAGUUGUGCGAAAUAAAUGGCUUUUUGGAGGAGCUGGUCGAAGCACGCAAGACUGCGGCUGCCGUGAAAUUCCAGGUGGACAAGGAGGCAGCCGAAGCAGAGCUGAAAAAGAAGGAAGAAGCCGUUCAGGAGCUCCCCACACUGCUUGGGUCGCCUGGGUUGCACAGUGGCCAGUCGGCGGAGCAGCAGCGACGGAGACAGGUCGACCAAGAAGCCACGCAGAUGGUGAUUCGUCAGCACCAGGAAAGACAUCGGCUAGAAGCGGACGAGUCGGCAGCCCGGCAGGCGUACGCCCAGCAGAUGCAGGACGAUGGUGCUGAGCACGAGUCUGUUGAAGCGCCCGAGCCAGCGCAGACUAUGGCUCCGAAGGGCAAAGGCAAAGACAAAGCUAAAGAGGGCAAAGGAAAGGAAUCCCCGGCGGAGGAUGUUAACAGCGAAGGCAAGGGCAAGGACGGGAAAGAAAAGGAUGGAAAGGGCAAGGGUGGCAAGGGCAAGGAGCAUGAGAAGCCAUAUUUGGUGGUGGAUCCCGAGAACGGUGCUGGGCUACGGCUCCUAGCGACGUACUGGGGCAUGCACGUGGAUGAGGUGGAGGAUGUGCCUGGCCAGCCGUAUUUGCAGGCUGGAUGCACCAUCACUGCCAUCGACGGGACAAGCCUGCUCAGCUUGGAGGAUGAGGAUGCCGUGGUGGCCACCUUUGGGGAGAAGUUUAAGAAUGGUGUCAGCAUCGAGGUGGACCCAGCGACUUUUGAGACCAUGAAGCUGCCACCAAAUGCUGCGCUUUGGCCCGUGAGCUUCCAGGAAGAGCUCGACAUGUUGGCCGCCAAGUUUGCCCUGGACUGCAGCAUCUCCAAGCUCUGCCUCCACCUCACGGGGCCAUCCGUGGCCAUGGAGCCAGCCAAGCUUGAGAUUCGUCAGUUGCUAGACAUUUACAAGAAUCGCCAGUCGGCGGAGCAGCAGCGGCAGAGAAAGGUCGACCAAGAAGCCAUACAAAAGGUGAUUCGUCAGCAUCAGGAAAGACUUCGGCGAGAAGCGGAAGAGUCGGCUGCCCGGCAGGCGUACGUCCAGCAGAUGCAGGACACGUACACAGCUUAUGCCAUCGCGGCUCAGCAAGCCAUGCAGCAGCAGUUGAUGCAGCAGCAGGCCAUGGCGCCAUGGGUGCUCGUUCAUUGUUGCGGCCCAUGGCUGCUCCCAGAUGUACAGCCUCGAUCCUUUGCGCACUUUCGAACGUUGUGA